AUGAUCCACCUCAGUAUCCUUCAAAUGUUUCUAUGGAGACUGGUGUUUUUUAUGGAACACAGUGUCCAAAUGGCAAACAUAGGGCAUCCUUCUCUUGCUCUUAGAGCUGAGGCACCUACCUUACCCCUGAUUUGGGAGCUGCUGCAAGAAGUUCCUGGAAAAGAGCAGAAACAUCCACGUGUUCUAGGGCAUUCCUUGCGGUACAUGCUGGAGUUAUACCAUCAUUCAGCAGACCCACGUGGACACCCUAGGGAGAAUCGCACAAUGGAGGCCACCAUGGUUAGAUUGGUGAGGCCUUCAGCCAACAUUGCAAAGCCUGUUAGAGGUCCUUGGCAUAUACAGAUCUUGAAGUUUCCUCUGCAACAAAACCAGCCAACAUACCAAUUAGUUAGAGCCACUGUGGUUUAUCGCCAUCAACUCCAUCUUAGUCAUUUCCACUUCUUCUGCCAUGUGGAACAUUGGGUCCAGAAUAGCCAAACCAACCACUUUAUUCCUCCAGAAAGAGGUUCCUUGAAGCCUUCCAGGCUGUCCAAAGCAUGGAUGGAAAUGGAUAUCACACAAUACCUUCAGAAAAGGCUGUGGAAUAACAAAGGGCGCAGGAUUCUACAACUCUACUUCAUGUGUCAGCAACAAAAAGCAGGUCAAGUACUUGAGCUCCGGUGGCAUGGAACUUCAUCUUUGGACAUUGUCUUCUUGUUACUCUAUUUCAAUGAUACUCAUAAAAGUGUUCAGAAGACCAAACCUCCCCCAGGAGACCUGGUGGGGUUUAUUAAAACGGAUCCUUCUCUUUUAAGGUCGGCCCGACAAGCAGCUCCUAUAAGGUCUGAGGCUCCUAUCCCUUUUCAGGAACAUGAUGAACCUGAAAGCACCCAGUGUUCCCUCCACCCUUUUCAAGUCAGUUUCCAGCAAUUGGGCUGGGAUCACUGGAUCAUUGCUCCCUAUCUUUACAGUCCAAAUUAUUGUAAGGGAAUAUGUCCUCGGGUACUACGCUAUGGUCUCAAUUCUCCCAAUCAUGCCAUCAUCCAGAACCUUAUCAAUGAACUGGUUGACCAGAAUGUUCCUCAACCUUCUUGUGUCCCUUACAAGUAUGUCCCUAUUAGCAUUCUUCUGAUUGAGGCAAAUGGGAGUAUCUUAUACAAGGAGUAUGAAGAUAUGAUUGCCCAGUCCUGCACAUGCAGAUGA